UUUAGCUCUAAAAUCUUGAUUAUGAAGACUGAGUAUUCCACCAUAAAAACAGAAGAUAAUUUGUGUUAAGCCAUACCCUUCACACUUUUUGUUCACUUGCAAGAAACUAUGUGAUUAUUUUCACUCCUGGGAAAACCUCUCCCACCACUGUCACCAGUUGUGUACAUGGGUGUGUAUGAAAUCUGCCCGCUGCCCCCUCAGCACCCGCCAGUAUUUCUUUAUUAUCCUCAUCCCACUGUUAGAAAUCCAGAAGAAUGUGAGGAGGAAAGCAAGAAUGAACUUCAUCAUAAUUAUAACAGGUUUUUAAAAAGGUUGUGUUCAUGGAAAUGUCUUCAUGAGGUCUGGUGGUCUUCUUCCCCAACAAUCUGUAUCUGGCGUUUUGUAAAGCAUUACCAUUUUAUGUGAAGUUAAAGCUUUGAAAAAGUUACAUGGGUAUUGCCUAAGUGUAAUCUUGAACAUGGGCGGUGCUGUGAGUGCUGGUGAAGACAAUGAUGAGCUGAUAGAUAAUUUGAAAGAAGCACAGUAUAUCCGGACUGAACUGGUAGAGCAGGCUUUCCGAGCUGUCGAUCGUGCUGACUAUUAUCUUGAAGAAUUUAAAGAAAAUGCUUAUAAAGACUUGGCAUGGAAGCAUGGAAACAUUCACCUCUCAGCCCCGUGCAUCUACUCGGAGGUGAUGGAAGCCCUAGAUCUGCAGCCUGGACUCUCAUUUCUGAACCUGGGCAGUGGUACUGGGUACCUCAGCUCCAUGGUGGGCCUCAUUCUGGGUCCUUUUGGUGUGAACCAUGGGGUCGAGCUUCAUUCGGAUGUGAUAGAGUAUGCAAAGCAGAAACUGGACUUCUUCAUUAGAACAAGUGAUAGUUUUGACAAGUUUGACUUCUGUGAACCCUCCUUUGUUAUUGGGAAUUGCCUGGAGAUUUCUCCGGAUUGUUCUCAGUAUGAUCGUGUAUACUGUGGGGCUGGUGUGCAGAAAGAGCAUGAAGAGUACAUGAAAAAUCUUCUCAAAGUGGGAGGGAUCCUUGUCAUGCCACUGGAAGAGAAGUUGACUAAGAUAACACGCACCGGUCCUUCAGCUUGGGAAACCAAAAAGAUACUGGCUGUUUCUUUUGCUCCUCUGAUCCAGCCCUGCCAUUCAGAGUCAGGAAAACCAAGACUUGUCCAGUUGCCACCAGUGGCAGUUCGCAGCCUCCAGGACUUGGCUCGCAUUGCCAUCCGGGGCACCAUUAAGAAGAUUAUUCAUCAGGAAACUGUCAGCAAAAACGGAAACGGACUAAAGAACACCCCCAGGUUUAAGCGAAGGAGAGUUCGCCGCCGUCGAAUGGAAACAAUUGUCUUUUUGGACAAAGAAGUCUUUGCCAGUCGUAUUUCCAACCCCUCAGAUGACAACAGCUGUGAAGAUUUGGAAGAGGAACGGAGGGAAGAAGAAGAGAAGACCCUGCCUGAAACAAAGCCAGACCCCCCAGUGAACUUCCUACGCCAGAAGGUCCUGAGCCUCCCUCUGCCAGAUCCCCUGAAAUACUACUUGCUUUAUUACAGAGAAAAAUAAGUCUCCGGUUUGAAAGGGGGAAAUGAGGAAGAGCAGAUUGCUGAGUUUGAAGCUUGUGCUGCCUGUGUGCGGUUGAAGAGUGACCUGGAAGCAGAUGAUGUGGGGAAGGGAACUGCUGGACUCAUCCACGUCAUGGUUUUUUUCUAGUUCCUGAUAGACCUCUAAAAUUUUGUUUAGUUGUAUGAUUUCUUUACAUAAUUCAACAAGACCUACGUUGCAUAGAAGACUGCUUUCCCAAAUUGGAGAGGAUCUUCACAGAGAAAAAGAUAAGGGUGUUUCUUUUUCAGCUAUGAUGAAACACUAGUAAGUGUGCAUAAGAGGGACUGACGACCAUUUCUGAUACAACAUGCACGUUACUCACUAUAAAUGAAAACUGAAGUAGAAACUAACCUGUGUUGCUUAUAAAGUGUGAAAGCACAAGCUUAUAAAUGUAUACAAUCUUUCGUGGGUGUGACACACCUGUGUCCAAGUUUGAAUUUUUAUGAUAUGUGCCACUUAUUUACUGGCACAGAGCAUCACUGAACUUGUUAGUUUUCUAGUGGGGAAACAUUAUGGAGAAGCCCUCCCUUAUUUUAAGUAACUUAAUUAAAUCUUAUGUGAGUUGUCAGGUGUAAUUUUUCAAAGGAAAAUUUUUGAUGGGGUGGAGGAAUGAACAGCCAGGUAAUCUUUCUGGAAUUCCAGGAGAAUUCCAAAGAGGGUUUUUUUUUUUUUUUUUUUUUUUUUUUUUUUUUUUUUUUUUUUU